GCUAGAACUGUUCUAUCUAAACUCCUGAGAUAUCAGCAAGCUGGGAAUAAUCCUGUGUACGGGCAUCCAGAAACUAAACCACCUUGGUGGCCGGACGAUUGCAUCAGAUGGAUAGAUAUGGUCGACCUGCGAGGGAAACCACCCUACCUUCCUAAAAACAUGUCCUAUACAGAUGUUCUCAAAUACGCAAUUGAAAAGGGUUUAGAAUAUUUCGGCUACGACUCUGAAACCUGGGUAGACGCCAGCACCUUUAAUAGAGAGCAGAAUGUUUCCUUAAUCUCCAAACUAAACAAAACAAAUUCACAAAAUGUUAGUUUUGACGAGAUACCUAAACUACCUAUUCCAAUUAACAAGAUGAAUUGUAGUAUAGCCAGAACUUCUUUAGCGAGAUUACUCAGAUAUCACUGUGGUGCGAACCCUAAGUACGGAUGUCCCAGUUCUAUGCCGGUCUGGUGGCCCAACGAAUCCUUCGAGUGGGCCGCAUUGAAGAACCUGUCCCACCGAUUCGAAGGGUUUAUGGGAGACAGUUACAGUAACUGUUUGAGAUUAGCUCUAGCACAUGGUUACGAAUAUUAUAACGUGGAUCCUCUCACAUACGUCGAGGAGAUGGCUGAAAGUUUACCAAAUGUUGCAAGUAAACGAAUCACCCACUUUGUUGUCAAUCCUCAAGUGAACGAGCUGAUUCAGAAGUUCGACGGAGCCAUCGAUUCAAACCUCAACCUCGCCAGUCGACUCACUGAGGAGUCAGAGUCAAGCUUUCUCGACUCUGACGAGCAGAACAGUAGUGACAAUGUCGAGAUUAAACUAAAGCGACCUCCUCCGCCACUAAUACCCCUAUCUGCGGUUCUAAAUUACUCUCAGAACGGAAUAUGUCCGAUCAAUAGUCGAGAUUUACUCGUCACGACUGACUCGAAACGUUUAAAAGUGUCGAAUGAUUCGUGAUAUUAAGCAUUUAGGAUAUGAAUUCAAUCUUCAAACUGUAAUAAUGUAAAUUAAUGAACUUUUUUGGCACAAUCAGUUUCCCCAAUGACAAAAGUAACAAAGAAGAGGGACAACCGUUGUUUGUUUAUUUUCUAUAGAUGCAAUUAAUGAAAGUCAUGAAUGGUUUUUUACUUUACAGAAAAAUUAAGCCUCUAACAGAUUUCAAAUUCAUGAAGAAGUUAUGAAUAAUAUUUAAUUUAAAUCCAGUUUUGCAGCAUUUUUGUCUUGACUUAAAUUUUCGGAAAUAAUACCAUUAGCACAUUUAUGUAUUUAUAUAUGCCAAGUCAUUUAAAGUAUGUAUUUAAGUACAGUCGACUGUAUAAGAUAAUUUGCAUUUUUCACAAAACUUAGGGAUUUCGAGGUUGUACAUUUGUGUUUAUUGUUUAAAAAAACCCUUAACGUUUUGUUUUGUAACUCGAGUUUAACGAGGCAUUUAGAAAUUUGAAACAUUUCGUUUAAAAUUUUGAACAGAAGGUUUAAAAUGUCAAACGAAAGGUUAAAAAUUUAUAACAAAAUGUUUAAAUUUCGAACUAAAGGUUCAAAAUUUCGAACUAAAUGUUCAUAUUUUAAAACAAAAAUAUCCUAAUUUUCAAAUUUUCAAAUGCUGUCUAAAGUUCGAUGUUACAAACAAAGUUUUAUGGUUUCUUCGAUUAUUUAAGAAAGUGUAUUGGCUCAAAAACUGGAAUUGUACUGCUCUGGUUUAUGCAUACAGAUGAUGUAUACAGUAGUAACCAGAGAACUGUGGAAUAGGAAGACGACUGUUAAAUUCAAUUUAUGACUUUAAAUAAUCCAAAGAACAUGAGACAUCGCAAUUGUGCAGUUUAAACAGACCCAUUUCACUGGAGAAGUGAUUUAAAUGUUACAAGUAAAACUGUUUGCUUUGCAUCAACAUCAACAACACUUAAUUAUUGCAUUACUAUCGUCUUCCUAUUCUACAGUUUUCUGGUUCUUCCGGGAUGCACAUUGUACAAAGAAUCUAGGAAAUUACUUCUAUAGUUUUUUAUGGAAGGAGAUGUAAACAUAGAAUGAUAUGAAAAAUAUUAUUGUUAACAUCUCCUUUCUUUGCAUUUAUGCAGUACAUUAAACGACGGUCGGUUCCAUUUAGUUCUUUGGUAACAUACAAUUUCAGCAGCAUUGCAAUGUAGAAUAUUUUAAGUAAUAUUUUAUUUUUAUUUACUUUACUGUCUGUAUUCACAUUCCAUUAUCAUGUAACAAACUGUUAUGUACACAUUACACAAUGCAUUUUUACUGUUUAUUCUGAACUUGUUCACAGAUGAUCAUAAUUAAAUUCCUUUUUUACAUUUUUUGUAAAUUAAAAUUUUCCCUCAAAUCUGAAAAUCUUCGCAAAAUAGUUCCUUGAGUUUCUUCCAGUUGUUUUUUAUGCACCAAGGGCAAUUUUUGUUGCGAUUUUUACCUAAUGCGCCAUUCUCCUCAUGUCAAAUAACAGAUACAUAAUGUUGUUAUUUUGCAAUGCUCUUCUGGAAUAACAUUAUUAAUGUUUAAUAGAAAAAAUAGCUUGCGUACCUUCUUUUUCUCUCUGAUCCAGUCUAAUUCUAAUUUGGUUGUACACAAGUUACAAAACAUAUCAAAUUUGAAAAAGCGAGUUUUUUUGUUGCAAAAUUUUCACUCCUAUCUCAAAAAAGGAACCAUCUUCUGUAGUAAAUCUACACUGUGUACAAAAAAAAUCUUUUACAACUCCGUCUCAGUUGAGAGUAUCCAGUUUAUAAUCAACAAUUGAAGAACGAUUAUGAUUACUACUAGUUGCAUAAAGUUUAAUUUUAUAUAUUUGUGUUUCAGA